AUGGAGCAAUCCCAGCCCCAGAAGCGAAAGCGGCCCAUCACAGCUUGCUUCGAAUGCCAACGGCGGAAACAGAGAUGUGACCGACAGAAACCCUGUGGCGGCUGUGUAGCUCGAAACGUCGAUCAAAAGUGCAUAUAUCCACAAUGGCCCGAACAUCACCUCGGUUCUGCUGAAGAGUCCGACCAAAGUACCUUACAGCCGGUAAAUUUGGCCGAAAGCUUGGGUUACUCGCCUUCAAACAAGAUCAAGUCAACGCUUGAUGAUCUUCAGCAGCAAGCCAUCAAGGGUUCAAUUUCUACGCCUCCUACACUGCUGUCAACACCAAUCUCGCCCCCGACGAAUGAAUCGUUGUCGUCGUCGAGCAGGCUCGAACGUCUGAUAGGCCAGCUACCCUCCGAGGCCGUAAUUGAUGACAUUGCCAACAUCUUCUUCGCCGAAGCAGACUGGUACUUCUGUGUUUUGGACCGGCCAUUCUUCGAAGAGCUACGGAGCCUGUGGAAUUGCCGAAACUCUUCACCAGACAAGGCGUCGACCCUCAUCGAAACGGAUCCGAACCGGCGCAUAUUCGUACGCGAUGCAGCCGAAGUACGAUAUUUCCCAGCACUACUGUUCCAAGUCGCCGCCAUUACCUUGCACUUCCUUCCCACCUCCUGCGCUACCAGGGACAGCCUGAAGCUCAAAGACCACAAAGCUGCAGAUAGACUGUCCAAGGUCUACAGCGAUGCUGGUAUGGAGAUCAUGUCUAUGUUGGGAAGGAUUGAUUCUCCGAUCACUGCUGUUCUGGCCGACUUGCUACGUUGUGCAUGGUUGAAGAAUUCAGGGCUCGGCACGCACUCCUGGCACGUACUAGGUGACGCUGUUAGGCAGGCUCAAAACCUUGGCCUGCAUGAGCAAGAGGACUUACCAAAGCAUGGCAGAAUCGACGGGACGAUCCGAAGUCUCUGGUACGACGAGCACAGGCGCCGGGUGUGGGUCAGCGUAUUUGCCUGGGAAGCUCUCAUGUCGUUGUUGCUUGGUCGAUCCCGAAUGAUAAAUGCCGCCGACUGCACAGCCCAAGUCCCGAUGGAUUGCGAUAUUCCACCUGACCCAUCAUGGGUGAUGCCAGCACCUGCCACUGCCUCAGGGCGACCGUCCAUGUACACCGCACAGCUGUUCAAGUAUUUCAUUGCACAGAAAAUCCAUGAAGCUCUGACUCUGAAGGCGCUCAAGUCGCCGUGCGAAGACUACAGCGUCGUCACAAGGCUUCAGAAUGAGGUGCUUGCUAUGGUUGAACGGCUUCCGCCGGCUUCACGCUACAAUAACCCAGAAAUCUCUUGGGAUGCACAAUACCCCAACCUUUCCAAGCAAAGGAUGCACAUCGCGAUUGUCGCCAAUUCAUUCAUCCUGGCCCUCCACAGACCACACUCCACGUUGCGGCUAGAGUCGCGCAAAGAGGCCAUCUCGUCGGCGCUCAAAGCCCUCUCGGCGCAGCAGUGGCUGUUUGAGCAUUGCGAUGAGCAUCAUUACAAGAUCCACACCCUGCUAUUCUACACCGUCGAUGCCGUCAUAUUCCUGACAUCCAUGGUCCUGAUGUACCUCAAACCCAACAAGGCAGACGACACUACCAAGAAGGACUACGAAAUACCUAUCCACGACAUCCGCUACGCACUAAUCCAAGCCGUCAACCGAGUUAGCCACAUGCGCACCCGUAGCGAUGUCGCACGAGAGGGUGACAAAGUCCUGCGCAGGUGCUCCGACCUUGUCGCGAAGCAAGAGAAGGAGUACCGUACCCAUCGCCAGGAGUCGAUGCAAUCCUCCUCCUCUUCUGACUUCUCGAAUUACAGACCGGUGCCGGAGCCAGCGUCCGUGCUCAAUUUCCUCACCGAUCCUUCAAUGGAGCUCAAUGUGGCGUACAGUCCUACCAAUGAGCCGUUCGAUAAGUUUACCAUUGCCCGACCGAGCCAGGAAGACCCAGCUUUUUCUUCACCCUCGUUUGCUGAGCAUGUGCCGAAGUAUCUCUCGAGUGUCGAUUUCAUUGCUGACAAGUCCAACAUGGCGGUGUGGAUGGAACAGCAUGGCUUUGUCGACGAUGCGCUCUUGCAGCCGGGAGGCGUGCCGUACCCGACCCAUUCUACCUGGUAA